AGAAAAAUUUGUAUUUGAAUUAUUUGCAAUGUUUCGGUCGUUGCGAUCUGUAAAUGUGCGCCAAUAUCUGGUGUCCUACGCCAGAUUGCCACGCACCCUUUCCACAACCUCUGUGUUGUGCGACAAGGGCGGGGAUAAGAAAGAGGACAAGAAAGGCGGAGGCAAGGAUGGAGGCGACGGCAAGUUUCGCAUUGAGAAGGACACCUUCGGUGAGCUAAAGGUGCCCGCCGAUAAGUUCUUUGGGGCACAAACAAUGCGGUCCAAGCUCAACUUUCCCAUAGGCGACAUUGGCGAACGCAUGCCGCUGCCCGUAAUUCAAGCGAUGGGCAUACUGAAGAAGGCCUGUGCCGAGGUGAACAAGGAGUUUGGCUUGGACGCAAAGAUAGCCGACGCCAUAUCUUGUGCUUGCGACGACGUCAUUUCGGGUAAAUUCUAUAAGAAGGGCGACUUUCCGUUGGUCAUUUGGCAGACCGGUUCGGGCACCCAGACCAACAUGAAUGCCAAUGAGGUUAUCAGUAAUGCGGCCAUCAAAAACAUGGGCGGCGAGUUGGGCUCCAAGAAACCCGUCCAUCCCAAUGAUCAUGUGAACAAGUCGCAGAGCUCCAACGAUACCUUUCCGGCUGCCAUACACAUCUGUGUGGGAAUGGAGCUGAAUGAGCGUUUGAUUCCGGCCAUCACCCAUUUGCGCGAUGCGAUCAAAUGCAAGUCGGAGGACUUUAAGGACAUCAUCAAGAUCGGCCGCACGCAUUUGAUGGACGCUGUGCCGCUGACAUUGGGUCAGGAGUUUAGUGGUUAUGCCCAUCAGCUAACCAAUGGUUUGGAGCGCAUCAAUGCCUGUCUGCCGCGCGUCUAUGAGUUGGCUUUGGGAGGCACAGCCGUCGGCACUGGCCUAAACACCCAGAAGGGCUUCGCCGAAAAGGUAUCCAAGCGCGUGGCCGAGCUAACAUGUUUGCCUUUCGUGACGGCACCAAAUUUCUUCGAAGCGCUUGGCGCUCGUGAUGCUAUGGUUGAAGUGCACGGUGUGCUGAACACCAUCGCUUGUAGUCUGAUGAAGAUUGCCAACGACAUUCGCUUUCUGGGCUCAGGGCCUCGUUGCGGUCUGGGCGAGCUGAUGCUGCCCGAGAACGAGCCCGGCAGCUCCAUUAUGCCUGGAAAGGUGAAUCCAACGCAGUGCGAGUCUCUCACUAUGAUCUGUGCUCAGGUGCUUGGUAAUCAGGUCGCAGUAUCAUUUGGCGGUGCAACCGGACAUUUCGAGCUGAACGUCUUCAAGCCGCUGAUUGUAUCCAACGUGCUACGUUCCAUACGUUUGUUGGCUGAUGGUAGUGUUACAUUUAGCAAGAAUUGCAUGGAAGGCAUUCAGCCCAAUAAGGAACGCAUUGCCAAGAUCAUGAAUGAAUCGCUUAUGCUGGUUACGGCUCUGAAUCCGCACAUUGGUUACGACAAGGCGGCAGCAAUUGCCAAGACUGCUCACAAGAACGGCACCACCUUGAAGGAAGAAGCCCUAAAGGCCGGUGUCACCGAAGAUCAGUUCAAGGAAUGGGUUGAUCCCAAGAAGAUGAUUGGCCCCAAAGAACCAGGCAAAGAACCAGCCAAGUCAGACAAAGAUCCAGCCAAGUCAGACAAAGAACCAGCCAAACCCAAGCCCAAAUAAUUUUUGCAAACAUGCUAUACCAAUUUAAAUAUUGAUUAAAAAUAGUUAAAGCGCUUCAUUCAAAUACUUA